AUGAAGCCGGAUAUCUUACUUCCUCGUUCUUUUAUCCGAAAAAAUCAACUUCAUGUCUUUCAAGUCGUCGUUAUCAAUGACAAAUUCCCUGCAACUAUUGGAGUUUCCUCUUCUGAUGAGGUCGAAAUUCCCGAUGCUACCAUAUCCAGAUUUGGUGCAAACUUGUCCGAAAAGCUUACUGUCCAACUGCCAGCCCGGGUAUUCCCAGCGAAGUUAUUGAAGCUGGAAAUAAUAACACCAGUAAACCCUCUUUUAAUUCCGCUGCUGGAAACAAGUGUACACUAUAGGCUACAAAUGUCUCAUUUACUUAUCGGAACAACUGAGAUUGUUCGAGCUCUAGGAGACUAUUUCUCACUUCAGUGUAUUGAAGCAAUUUCUACAACUGGAGAAUCAAUUUUUAUUCGUAAUGCAAGACAACAAUACAACACUAAUGACUCCUGGUCAUGUGAAUUUAAUCAGUCUGUUUCUAAUCAUCUUGUGUUUAAAAUCGGUACUUCCACCCAACUGAUUCUAGUCCAAACUAGAAAUCUACCUAGUUUAUCAGUCGAUAUGGGGAGCUCAAUAACUUCCAGGUUGACUGCAAAAGACGACUAUACCAAUCACGACAAAUACCAUUUAUGUGGCUUAGAUGUUGUUAAAAGUGUGGUAUUUGGUUAUCUACAAAACUUUCUAUUGACAUGCGUUGAAGGAAAUAAGACUGUUUUGACUGCCACUAUAGAAGCUGGCAUUAUCAUAUAUGGACUACCAGGUUGCGGGAAACGCACGUUUCUCGAAAGUCUCACUGAUGGUGUAAAUUAUGCGGAUUCAGAUAUUGAGCCCCACAAAAGUUUGACAUUUAUUACACUUACUUCCAAACUAAUCAAGGAAUUAACUGAUGAAUCUUCUCAUCGUUUAUCUAUAAUAGAGCGAAUUGGUGCACAUCAUUGGCUAAAAAAUUCAGUUAAACAAUCAGAAAUCAAUGGCAAAGUUUACAUUCCAGUUGUCAUAUUAUGGCCAAACAUCGAUAAAUGGAUUGACUCUGAUGAAAAUGGGGAUGGUAAUUAUCAUACUUCUGCAGUGGAUACAAACAGUGAGGUGAAAAAGUUUUCUGUAGUUUUAGAUCGGCUUAUGGAAUCAAUUCAGUGUGUUAAUCAAACUCCUGUCUUCGAUCAGCAAAUAAUUUAUCGAUUCUGUAUUCUGGCAACAGCUACCACAAUAGAUAAAGUUUUCAGUAUUCAUGAAUGUAGAGAGCUUUUCUAUAGACGACUGUUGGUAUCGCUUCCUGAUGCAACGAGACGUUAUCAGAUUUUGUAUCACAAUAUUUAUUUACGCUUACAUCAUGACAAGGAGAUUGUUAAACACGAACCGUUUUCCGAAGAUUCUACUAUGAAUGAUCAGUCAUAUAAUACUGUUGACGAGAACGAAAAUCUUAUUCAGGUUGCAGCUCAGUUGCAUGGCUAUACACCGAAGGAUCUAGUUCGUUUGGUUCAAGUGACAUAUGCAAGUUUUGUGGCUACGCAGCACAACUGCUUGGAGGAUUCUGUAAAGCGAAAAGUUUUGACGUUCAACGAACAACUGGAUCUAUUCUGCAGAAUCUUGAGAAUUGAGUCUAGAUCCUAUUUACCAAUCAAUAUCUCUCAUCAUAUAACAUCCGUGGAUCCUUUAAGAUGGACAGAUAUUGGUGGAUAUAGUGAAUUGAAGUUAAUAUUUAGAACAAUGAUACAAGAUCGUUUAAUCAGUGCUGCCAAACCCAAUAGUCCAGAAGCCAAAGCAGAUGCUGCUUUACUCCUCCGUGUACCACGUGGUAUAUUACUUCACGGUCCUCCUGGUUGUUCAAAAACUAUGUUUGUUCGAGCUUUGGCCACUGAAUGUCAACUUCCUUUGAUUGCUGUCCAGGCAUCAAGGAUAUUUGGUCGUUAUGUUGGUGACAGUGAACGUAAUAUGCGAAGAAUUCUAGUACAGGCUCGUGCUUCUGCUCCUGCCAUUUUAUUCAUUGAUGAAAUUGAUCUGUUACUUCCUUCUCGAAACUCAGGAGAAACCAGUGCAAGUGAACAUGUUCUCGGCGAAGUUUUAAUGGCUAUGGAUGGAGUUGAAGGUCAGAACGGACAAGUGAUUCUUGUAGCUGCAACUAACAGAAUGGACAAAUUAGAUUCGGCGUUGAGUCGUGCAGGUCGCUUUGAUUUAGUCAUUGAAGUUCCACCUCCAGAUGCAACAGCUCGACUAGAUAUUCUGCGACUAGAAUUAUCAAAACGUGCACUUGAAAAUGAAUCAUUAGUAGAAUGUAAAUGGUUGAAUUCAUUCGCUGAGAAUGAGAUGAACAAUUAUACCGGGGCAGAAGUUGUACAGAUUGUUCAACAAGCCGCUCAAUUAGCUCGACAAGAUGGUUCUAAUCGAAUAUCUAAACAGCAUCUUAAAGAGGCUAAAAUUCUUUUACCACCUCGUUCACUUUUCAAUUAUUCUAAUCAAAAUGGAAAAAUAAGUAAACAGUUCAAUGCUGAAGUUACCAAUCGUUUUGUAAAUUUCAGAUUUUUAUUAUUAAUUUCCUUUAUAGUUGUUUUAUUUGCUAUGCUUCUACAUUUUGCUUACUAUAAUAUUUAUGGUGUCCUCUGAAAAUACGAA